GCAGCAGUGGGAAGCUCGGUGGCAAGCCCUGUAGUCCUGUGCGAUGGCCUCUCGAUACGAUAGGGCGAUCACUGUCUUCUCCCCAGACGGACACCUUUUUCAAGUGGAAUAUGCCCAGGAAGCGGUGAAGAAAGGAUCCACCGCGGUUGGAAUUCGAGGUGCCAAUAUAGUUGUUCUUGGGGUAGAAAAAAAAUCUGUUGCCAAGCUUCAAGAUGAAAGAACUGUGAGGAAAAUUUGUGCACUUGAUGACCAUGUCUGCAUGGCUUUUGCAGCUUUGACAAUUUUUACAGGACUUACUGCUGAUGCUAGAGUAGUAAUAAACAGAGCCCGUGUGGAGUGCCAGAGCCAUAAGCUUACAGUUGAGGACCCAGUCACUGUGGAGUAUAUAACUCGCUUCAUAGCAACUUUAAAGCAGAAAUAUACCCAAAGCAAUGGAAGAAGACCUUUUGGUAUUUCUGCCUUAAUUGUAGGUUUUGAUGAUGAUGGUAUCCCAAGAUUAUAUCAGACAGAUCCUUCUGGUACUUAUCAUGCUUGGAAGGCAAAUGCAAUAGGCCGAAGUGCUAAAACUGUUCGAGAAUUUCUAGAAAAGAACUACACAGAAGAUGCCAUAGCAAGUGACAAUGAAGCUAUCAAGUUAGCAAUAAAAGCUUUGCUAGAAGUUGUCCAGUCUGGUGGAAAAAACAUCGAACUUGCUGUAAUAAGAAGAAACCAAGCUUUAAAGAUGUUUAGUGCAAAAGAAGUUGAAUUACAUGUAACUGAAAUAGAAAAGGAAAAGGAAGAAGCAGAGAAGAAAAAGUCAAAGAAAUCUGUCUAAUUCUUAGGAUGACCACUGGGAGUUCUUAAUGCUUUGUUUUAUUGGACUGCCUGAAGGUGUUUAGUGAAGUUUAAGAGGAAACAGUUACUUUGCAGCAUUACAUGUAGUACUUGUGUGCUGUUUUGAGAAUGCCAGAUUUGUGGCUGUCUUCAUUCUAUUAAGUAGAACAUAGGUUUAUGUAAAGAUUUUCUUUGAAAGGGGAUUUCAGUAAUUGUUGAGAGCAGUCAUAAUUCCACAUAACCUGAGACUCUACUCUAUAAUUUGUCCAGUGUCUUAAUGUAUGCAAAUAUAUAUAUUUUUUAAAUUUUAUAAAAAAUUAAUAAUUUGGUGAUGUUUGAGUAUUGGUUGUCAGUUAAGGACAUAGCUAUUCCAAAUAAACUAAAUAUAAUAUUGAGUUGCAUUUCUCAAUGAAUGACAAAAGUAUCCUUAUACUGAUGAGUUCUUAAAAUUUUGUCAGAGCCUUCUUCAUUUUACAAUAUUUUGUUAUUUUUAUUUUACCUUUUUCAUUUUA